AUGCUACUGGAGUCAUCUUCCUUUUUUACGCCACUAUCUUUCCCUUCUCUUUUACCCUCAGUACCAGAUAUUAGUUCUUCCCCUUCUCCAAUGUCUUACAUCACCUCCCAGGAGAUGAAGUGUAUUCUUCACUGAUUUGCCAAUUAGUCAGGUCCCCAGUGUGAACAUUUCCUGAAGGACCUGGUAGCUAAGGCAGUGCCAGGAAAAUUACAGCCACUGCCAAAUAGUCUGGUGCAGCUUAGUGUGUCCGGGGCAAAUGGAUCACCUUGUAUCUUUGAGUGCCAGCUAUGUCUUUGGGAUCAGUGGUCUCAAGGCUGGGCUGAGCAGGAGUGCAAUGCAUUUGUCAGGCAGCUGGAGUUCCGUGAGCCAGACUUCAUGGCAAAGUUUGACCAAGCAGUGGCUGCUACAGCUGGUAAGGACUGA